CCCGCCAACCCAUUAAAGAAGAAGAGUGAACAUCCGGCUCACAUGCGCGCGAAAUUGUUGUAACACCAAUGGCGUCGAAAGCAGGUCGCAGAGGGACGAAGCGAAAAGCGGACGUCCAGGCGGAGGAGGAGCCGCCCUCCAUGGAGGAGAAGGACCGAGGAGAGGGGGAGGACCCGGGCCGGAGGGUGGUCAUUGAACACUGUAAGAGCUGACGAGUGUAUGGGCGUAAUGCUGAGGAGGUGAAAUCUGCCCUCCUGGCUGCCCACCCUGAUCUGACUGUGGUCUCCAACCCUGAGAAACCUCGCAGGAACAGCUUCGAGAUCACUCUGCAGGAUGGAGGCAAAGAAACAUCUCUAUGGACUGGAAUAAAGAAAGGUCCGCCACGAAAGCUCAAGUUUCCAGAACCUGAUGUCGUGGUCUCUGCUCUUCAGGACGCUCUGAAGGCUGAGUAGAUGCCUAGCCGACAGUUCAGUGGAUGUGACCGUGGAGGCAUAAUGAUGAGGAGCGACGAAUGAGAUGUCCUCAGUCCCUCCUCGGAUGAUCGAGCUCCAUCAGCUCACAUCUUCUGGAUGAAUGCUGACAUCUAGUGGCUCGUCUCUGAGCAAAUACAUUUCGAAGAUCCCCAGUCCUGCUGUUUUUUUUAACGUGUUUCUUCUUCUUAUUAUGUCUCAAUGGUUUAUUGUGCUUUUAAUUUGGUUUUGGUGAAUAAAGUUUUUCUUGUUUCAUAA